CCUCCACUUCUCUCUCUCUCUCUCUAAGGAAACGGCAGUUCAUCUCUCCUCUGUUUCGGCUGUCCAAUCCUUGGUUACCCUCUCUUGCUUCCCCCAGCUGAAUUGCCGCCAUUAGCAGAGAGGCCCGAGAGAGAGAGAGAUGGCAACGCUUGUGUGCCGAGGUUUGCAGUCGUGCCUAGACCCCCACCUCGUGCAGGAGCCAAUGGCCACCCUGAGGCUCAAACUGGUCUCCCCCAAAAUCACCGCCAGCCACCACAGCCUCGCUCGCUCUCUUCUUGAUUUGAACUCCCCAAGUCCUCCUCACUGUCAUCCCCUCCCCCAGCAACUCCUUGAAGACCCCAACCCCGCCCAUCAUCCUCAUCACCAUCCCCACCACCACCACCACCACCAUCAUCAUCCCUUCUCUUCAUCAUCAUCAAAUCCCCACCUGGGUCAGAGUCUUGGUGGUUGGAGCUUCUUGCACGCCCUCUCCACCACCAGCUACGGAGAACCCUCAGCCACACCCGACCAAGAACCGCCCGUUUACGUCCACCCUCUGGCGAGAGCCUCCUCGCUCAGGCUCAGCCCGCGGAGCUUGGAUCUCUGCACGGAGAACCUCGGCAGCGAGAGCAGCAACAUCGUUCCCUCCCCCUUCGGCGACGACGAUGGCGACCCCCGGGACGAAAGCAAGUCGGCCACGAGGGAACAGACAGCCACGAGGCCUUGGUCGACGCGCCAAAUCAUGAACGUGGAUAACGUAAGCAAGAAAGCGAAACCUCGGACUAACAUUGAUAAUAGCAACAACAACAGUGGCGACUUCCCACCACCUUUGACGACGAUAGCUAACGACUCGAUACGAGUGAGGCCGCACAGGGGAGAAGGGAGGUUGAUUCUCGAGGUCGUGAGGGCCCCACAGGGGAAUCGUUCUUGCCUUCGUGCCGAGCGAAGCCAUGGCCGCCUCAGGCUCUGCUUUUUCAAAGACGAGUCGCCUCUCUGCUUUGACUCCGAAGAAGAAGGUGACGACGGGGGAGAAAAAGACGUCGAGGCGGGGACCGAAGGCGACGCCGAAAACGAAACGGCCGAGAGCGACGUCGAGGAGGAAGGAGGAGGAACGGGAGAAGAACUGUUGCUAGUCGACGAAGAAGAAGAAGAAGAAGAAGACGAAGAAGAAGAGGGAGAGGCAGAGCAAGACGGUGAUGGGGACGAUUGGGAAGAGGAGGGCAUGGAGGGAAGUGAUGGGAUUGUUGGGGGCAAGCCGGGGAUGGAAAUGCUGCAUCAUCGCCAUCGCCAUCGCCAUCCCCAAAGGUCAAGCUGCUGUAAAGGAGGAGGGAAAGAGCACGAGAGCAACAGAAGAUUGUUCGAUUUGGAGGCUUUUCUGGUGGGCUUUUCUUAGAGGAGAUCUCCCUCCCUCCCACCAUGGAACUUCAAAUUAUAAUUCUCUCUUCUUCUUCUUUUUUCCAUCUAUCUUUUCGUUUCUUAAUUUUGAUUAAUAUUAUUGUCACUACUAUUAUUAGCAUUUUUUAUUGUCUUUUUCAGCUUGAUUUUCUCUUAUUUGGGGGUCGCAUGUUUAUGUUUCAUGUACAACUCUUGCUUGUGAUGGUUGACCGUUAUUAUCGUUAUGUGUAGUUAACCUUAAACGCCCCUCGAAAUGGGAAAAAACACAAAAGAAAAAAAAAAUGACAUCAUAGGCUCAUGUGGGUUCUCGCUUGUCCCAUUUCCUUUUAAGUGACUAAACUACGGUUUCUCGAUUUUAACAAGAGAGGAAACACAUCCCGUGAUUCUCUCCAUGUACCAUAGAAAAACCCUAAAGGUCUACUACGAGUAAUGGGUUUUCCAUUUUCUACUGCUCGACAUGGGCGAGUCUCGCCCGCUGGAUCUUAGAAAUGCAUCUUCGAUUCGAGUCGAUAAGAGCGGUAAAACAUAGUGAAAGGAGGCGGGUAAAUCUGCUCAAUCAAAGACGUGCCGACCGUGCCGAACGGCAAUCGUAGCGGCUGUCGAGUAGAGACAAGUCGAAUAAUGUCACGAAGAA